AUGAGAGAGAAAGAGAGUGCACAUACUGGCAUUAACACAGACCGGAGACAUUCCCAGAGAUCAAACAUAUCUGUGGAUCAGAGUGCUGCGAUCACAACUCUCUCCUGUAACUCUAUGCUGUGUGACUCUGGCUGUUGUGCUCAGGCUUCUGUGCUCAACCUGAAGCGUUUCAUCGGCUGUGCAGUCAGAGAAUUGACCUUUCUUGCCCGUAAGCCGGGAUGCAGUGGGCUCCACAUCACCACUGAUGCCUGCUGGGGACGCUGUGAGACCUGGGAAAAACCAGUCCUGGACCCACCCUUCAUCGAGUCGUACCAGCGUGUCUGCACUUAUAAUGAAACUCGAUUAGAAACGGUGCAUCUGCCGAACUGCUCAGCAGACGUGGACCCAUCCUACACAUAUCCAGUAGCCCUCCGGUGUGACUGUGGGGUUUGUCUCACCAGCACCACGGAAUGCAUCACUUCGGUCUGA